AUGUUUCAGCCAAAGACGAACUCGGGGCAGAGGGGGGUCUGGGUCUACGAGAUCGGCUCCUCGCCGAUCUUUGUCGCCAUUACCCCCGGGAUGGUCACUGCCCUUCCUGAGGGAGACGCCACCGAACCGUCCGUCACCAUGUUGCCAAGGCGACCUGAGAAACCCCAGGCGGGACCAGAAGAAAACGACGAGUUCCCAACCGAGACUCCAGUUGAGCACCGACCCGUCACGGCGGAGUAUGCCGAACCAGUGACAGAGGAUUACCCAGAUUACCCAGAAUACCCAGAAUCUGAGACACCAACAUACACCGAACCCGAGCGGGCUGAUCCAACGUACCCGGAGCCAUCUGAGCCGAGACACCCUGACCCAUCCGAGACCACUUACCCCACGUUUGAGCCAUUGCAACCAACCGUCCCGGAGACCACUUUGCCGAGGUACCCUGAACGUACCGAGACCACGUACCCCGUCUCUGAGCCUUUGCAACCGAGAUACACCGUCCCUGAAAACACUGAGCCUAGGUACUCCACAGUCCAACCAGGAUAUCCUGACCCGGAACCGAUCCAACCAAGAUACCCUGACCCUGAACCAGUUCAACCACAAUACCCUGACCCUGAACCAGUCCAACCACAAUACCCUGACUCUGAACCGACCCAACCAAGAUACCCUGACCCUGAACCAGUCCAACCACGAUACCCUGACCCUGAACCAGUCCAACCACGAUACACUGACCCUGAACCGACCCAACCAAGAUACCCUGACCCUGAACCAGUCCAACCACGAUACUCUGACCCUGAACCAGUCCAACCACGAUACCCUGACCCUGAACCAAUCCAACCAAGAUACCCUGACCCUGAACCAGUCCAACCACAAUACCCUGACUCUGAACCGAUCCAACCAAGAUACCCUGACCCUGAACCAGUCCAACCGAGAUACCCUGACCCUGAACCGGUCCAACCAGGACCUCCACGUUCCCGGUCCCAGCAACCCCAGAUCGUAGUGGUAGAUGAAGAUGAAAAUCUGGAUGUGAACGUAUUUGCGUACAACUCGGAGACGUGCGCCCUCAACAGGAACAAGUGCUCGACCUUCGCUGACUGCCGGGAUUACAGCAGCGGGUACUGCUGCCAUUGUAGGCCCGGUUUCUACGGCAACGGGAAGGACUGCGUCGCAGAAGGGAAACCCCAGAGGAUGAACGGGAAGGUGAGCGGCCGCGUGUUCGUGGGGAGCUCGCCGUCGCCCGUGGAGCUCGGCAGCAACGACCUGCACUCCUACGUGGUCGCCAACGACGGACGGGCCUACGUGGCCAUCAGCAGCAUCCCCGACAGCCUGGGCCCCUCCCUGCAGCCGCUGUCCUCCCUCGGGGGGGUCAUCGGCUGGGCCUUCGCCCUGGAGCAGCCCGGCUACCAGAACGGCUUCAGCCUCAUCGUGAACCCACCUUUUCCCUCCCCUGUCCCAGGCGGUGUACCGGAGCAGAACCCGUGCUUCACCGGCAGACACGGCUGUGACGUCAACGCCGCCUGUCGGCCCGGCGACGGCCUCCACUUCUCCUGCCAAUGUGCGACGGGAUUCACCGGGGACGGACGCUAUUGCCACGUCUCUAAGUCUAGGUCUAAGUCUAAGCGGGGACUCACUGUGGACCGAGCCGAUCUUGUUGCUCAUGGCGUAGCGGAUCAGAUGGUUGUCCUUGUCGAACAUCACAAAGAUCUGGUCCACGCUGAGCUGCUGGGGGGCGGGCGCCGCGCCGGGCACCUCGGCGUGCGGGCAGCUCUGGAAGCUGAUGGUCUGGCGCCAUUGGUAGCUCCGGGUCUGGGCGCCGCCGCCGGGGGGGACCUCCUUGUAGGGGCUGAUCUGGACCGAGGAGCCCAGGGGGACGGCGGGGACCCGGCCCUCCAGCUCGGUGCUCACCACCACGUGGUCGUGUUCGUCGAUCCCUUUGAACUGCUGCCGGAUGCUCAGGCGCUCGUUGCCGGGCUGGAAGACGACCUCGGCCUGCCGCGAAAACACGCCGACCGGGUGGUGAUCGCCGUGGGUUACGACUGCGUGGACAAGAUGGUUUACUGGACGGACAUCACGGGGCCGUCCAUCAGCAGAGCCAGUCUGACUGGAGGAGACAUUGUCCCCGUCAUCACUACAGACCUGCAGAGUCCUGAAGGCAUCGCCAUCGACCACGUGGCGCGCCUCCUCUUCUGGACCGACUCCAUGCGUGACACCGUGGAGGUUUCCAAACUGGACGGCAGCCAGCGGCGAGUCCUGUUCGACACAGACCUCAUCAACCCUCGACCCAUCGUCACCAACCCGGCGUACGGGCGGCUGUACUGGGCUGACUGGGACAGAGACAGUCUCAAGAUCGAGAUGUCCAACAUGGACGGGACGGACCGGACCGUCCUGGUGAAAGACGACCUGGGGCUCCCCAACGGCCUGACCUUUGACCUGGAAGACCAGCAGCUGUGCUGGGCCGACGCAGGGACCCGUAAGGUGGAGUGCAUGGACCCCCACCGCCGGCUGAGGAGGCAGAUCGUGGCAGGGAUCCAGUACCCGUUCGGUCUGGUGGCCUUCGGGGGGAAGCUGUACUACACCGACUGGAGGAGGGAGGCGGUGGUCGCUGUGGACCGCCACUCGGAGAAGGAGACGGAGGAGUUUCUGCCACAGAAGCGCUCUCGGCUGUACGGCAUCACCACCACGCCGAGCCGGUGUCCACAAGACGACCCCGUGACCCGUGGAGACGACCCCGUGACCCGUGGAGACGACCCCGUGACCCGUGGAGACGACCCCGUCUCUGGGGAACAGAAACAACACACUAACCCUCAUGUUGUCGACCUAUCGACCUUCUCGUCUCUCUGA